GCCAUCAUCACAGGUUUAUUUAUAUGCCUGAUACAUCAUCAGAUCUAUGAGAACUCCAUUGAAUCCUCUGUGUUUAUGCCUCUCACUAAAAGAUGUGAAGAACAGAACUAAAGAUUUCUUCCUUUGGUGACAACUGUGAAACAAUGGAGCUAGCGGAGUUCUUAGAAAAAUUGAAACUGACUGACAUAUCUAAGUUAGAAGAUGCACAUGAAUUACAUAUUCCACCAUCAGGAAAAGUGUUCAUGCAAAUUCAGGAACUCUUUCAGGCUACACAGUCAAAGCAGUCCAGAUAUGAGUUUCUGAAAGAUAUUAGACUGCUGUUUGAAACUGCAGAUUCUCAUUGGUUAUUUGGUCAUUGCUGCAGCAACAGAGACUUUGACCUGUCUAAAGUAUAUGGUAAUCUUGUCACGAGUCUUAUACAGUAUGCAGCUUUACCUGUUUGUGAAAAUGACAUCAGUGAACUGCCUGAAAGUGCAUUCUCUGACAUUCCAGAAAAAGCUGAGACAGUUGUAUCAUGCUUUCUAGUUCUUAUCCAAAAACUUCUUGUUGGAAAAGAUCCUUAUCCAUGUGGUGAAUCUGGAGAAUCUACAGUAUUGAUCUGUAAUAGCACUGUAGUACCUUUUGUUGUUUUUGCAGCUACACAUUGUCAUGUGAAACCCUGGACCUCUUUUGAGAGUCGGUCACUUGCCAACAGGCUGUUGAAUGAGGUGUUGAAGAUGUCUGGAUCUGAAUCUUUGGCACAGCUAUUAAUGGGAAAGAACGAUAGAGGCAAAGGAAUUGUGGGAUCUGUUUUACAGUUUUUGAGACCAGAACUGCAGAAACAUACCUGGAAAUUGAAUCCUGCUACAAAACAUGUAUUCUUUUGGAUAUUGUGUCAAAUAACAAGGCCAUGGCUGGCCAACCAUUUAGAAAGAGUCCUUCCACCAGCAUUGCUGAUCUCAGAUGACUAUAGAAUAGAGAAUAAAGUCAUGGGAGUGCGCUGCAUUCAUCAUAUUAUUGUUAAUGUGCCAGCUGCAGAUCUCUGGCAGUUUAAUAGGGCACAGGUGUUGUACCAUGCACUCUUCAACCACCUCUACACACAUGAAGCAGAUCUUAUACAGGUUGUUCUACCUUGCCUGUUAGACUUGCUCCCAAUUAUGGAAAAAUCAUCAGUGAUUACUGAAAAGAGAGAGAAGACUACCUACACUGAUGAGGUGUUACGUCUGGUUCUGACUCACAUGGAAAUGGAAAACAAAAUAGCUCUGCGCAGAGUAUAUGCAAAAAACCUUCCAUGCUUUGUGGAAAGGCUUGGUAUUUCAACAGCUCGUCACCUGAAGCGGCUUGAGAAAGUUAUUGUGGGAUACCUGGAGGUGUAUGAUGGACCUGAAGAAGAGGCCAGGCUCUGUGUGCUGGAAACUUUGAAGUGUACAAUUCAACAUGUUUGGCCAAGAAUCCCCAGCCGACUUGAAGUUUUUCUUAAAUCACUGCUGAAGCUAAUUUACGAUGUUUCCACAGACAGUAGUCUCACUUCAGAAACUGUGAAAUCAUCUUUACUGCAACAAGCUACUCAGUGCCUUAUUCUACUAGAUCGAUGCUCUGAACACAAGGUGAAGGUUCUUCUAGACAAAGUCCAGAGGAGUUGUAAUAAUGCUGACUUGUUGAAGUCUAUUUCUGAAGUUCAGAAGGAUGCAGAAAUCACAAAUUAAUGAACUAAUAAAUUGUCCUGUACAUUUUAUUAUAAUGCAGAAAAUUUUGUUUGUAUGUUUAUUUUGUAUUAAUAAAUGCUGCACUUCAA